CAGAUCGUUGGGGGGCCCCCAGUGCCCCCCGGAUCUAUGGGGCGAGCUUCAUUGGGGGGGGGGGCUUUGUGUCCCCCCUCAUUUGGGUAUUAAUUAAUGAGGGUCAUUAAUGAGGGUCAUUAGGGUAAUUAAAGGGGGAGGGGGGGGGUCUCAGCGCUGCCCCCCCCCAAUUGUGAACUGUGGGUCACAGCUCAAUGGUGUCACUGGGGGGGCACCAACCCCCCCCCCGCAAUGGGGCAGCAAUGGGGGCGGGGGGAGAUGCAGCUCCUCGUGCAAUGAUUGUGCAAGAGCCUGGUGCAAAGCUUGCACGGGGGGCCAAUGCACUGCAUGCAUCCAGCUCUGCUGCAACGCUUGUGCAAAACCCUGGUGCAAAGCUUGCACGGGGGCCCAAUGCACCAUUUGCAACCAGCUCUGCUGCAGUGCUUGUGCAAAACCCUGGUGCAAAGCUUGCACAAGGCCUUGAUGCACUGUUUCCAUCCAGGUCUGGUGCAACACUUGUGCAAAACCCUUGUGCAAGGUUUGCACGGGGCCCCAAUGCACCAUUUGCAACCAGCUCUGCUGCAACACUUGUGCAAGAGCCUGGUGCAAAGCUUGCACGGGGCCCUCCAGCACCAUUUGCAACCAGCUCUGCUGCAAUGCUUGUGCAAAACCCUGGUGCAAAGCUUGCACGAGGCCUUGAUGCACUGUUUCCAUCCAACUCUGGUGCAACACUUGUGCGAAAACCUGGUGCAAGGCUUGCACGGGGCCCCAGUGCACUGCAUGCAUCCAGCUCUGCUGCAGUGCUUGUGCAAGAGCCUGGUGUAAAGCUUGCACUGGGCCCUCCAGCACCAUUUCCAUCCAGCUCUGCUGCAAUGCUUGUGCAAAACCCUGGUGCAAGGUUUGCACGAGGCCCUCCAGCACCAUUUGCAACCAGCUCUGCUGCAACACUUGUGCAAGAGCCCGGUGCAAAGCUUGCACGAGGCCUUGAUGCACUGUUUCCAUCCAGCUCUGGUGCAACACUUGUGCAAGAGCCUGGUGCAAAGCUUGCACGGGGCCAUCCAGCACCAUUUCCACCCAGCUCUGCUGCAUCACUUGUGCAAGACCCUUGUGCAAGGUUUGCACGGGGCCCUCCUGCACCAUUUGCAUCCAGCUCUGGUGCAACACUUGUGCAAGAGCCUCGUGCAAAGCUUCCUCCUGCAUCCAGCUCUGGUGCAACACUUGUGCAAAUCCCUGGUGCAAGGCUGCUGCUAGAACCCUUUGCAACCAUUGCACGCCCACGUGAUGCACUGCUCACACCCGGCCCUCGUGCAAAAUUUGCACGACUGGCCUGUGCCUCCCACGAUGCAUCCCGUGGUGCAACUGUUGCACCAACAGCCCUUGCACCAACCUGUGAUGGUGCAACGGUUGCACCAGCCCGUGGUGCACAAUUUGCACCAGAGCCACGUGCAUGCUUUGCACCGACCUCCAUUGCAUCCCUUGCACCAACAGCCCCUGCACCAUCCCUUGCACCAGAGCCACGUGCGUCGUUUGCACUGAGCACAGAUGCACCAUUGGCUGCACCGGGCCCACGUGCGUAUCUUGCACCGAUCCCACGUGCAUCCCUUGCACCAACAGCCCCUGCAUCCCUUGCACCAAUCUCACGUGCAUCAUUUGCACCAAUCUCACGUGCACCAUCCCUUGCACCAACCCCAUGCGCACCCUUUGCACCAGCCCCACGUGCAUCAUUUGCACUGAUCCCUGGUGCAUCCCUUGCACCGACCCCCACUGCAUCUCUUGCACCAAUCCCGUGUGCAUCACUUGCACCAACCCCAGCUGCAACCUCUGCACCAGACCCACGUGCAUUGUUUGCACCAACACCCCCUGCAUCCCUUGCACCAACCUCAUUUGCACCAUCCCUUGCACCAAUCUCACGUGCAUCAUUUGCACGGAUCCCUGGUGCAUCCCUUGCACCGACUCCCACUGCAUCUCUUGCACCAAUCCCGUGUGCAUCCCUUGCACCAACCCCAGUUGCACCAACCCCAUUUGCAUCCCUUGCAGCACCCCCACAUGCAUCCCUUGCACCAAUCCCUUCUGCAUCUCUUGCACCAGACCCACAUGCAUCCCUUGCACCAACCCCACGUGCAUCCCUUGCACCAAUCCCGGCUGCACCAUCCCUUGCACCAGACCCACAUGCAUCCCUUGCAGCACCCCCAUUUGCAUCCCUUGCACUGCCCUCCAGUGCAUCCUUUGCACCAAGCGCAUCCUUUGCACCAGUCCCAGCUGCACCAUCCUUUGCACCAGACCCACAUGCAUCACCCCCACUGCCCUCCAAUGCAUCCCUUGCACCAGGCCCAGUACCUCCAUCCCUUGCAUCACCUCCCAUUGCAUCCCUUGCAGCAGUCCCAGCUGCAUCCCUUGCACCAGGCCCAGUACCUCCAUCCCUUGCACCACCCCAAUCUGCAUCACCCCCACUACCCUGCAAUGCAUCCCUUGCACCAACUCCAGCUGCACCCCUUGCACCAGACCCACAUGCAUCAUUUGCACCAGGCCCAGCUGCACCAUCCCUUGCACCAGGCCCAUGUGCAUCACUUGCACCACCCCUCAAUGCAUCCCUUGCACCAGCCCCACAUGCAUCACCUCCACUGCCCUCCAAUGCAUCCCUUGCACCAAUCCCAGCUGCAUCCCUUGCACCAGACCCACAUGCAUCCCUUGCAGCACCCCCAUUUGCAUCCCUUGCACUGCCCCCCACUGCAUCCUUUGCACCAAGUGCAUCCAUUGCACCAACCCCAGCUGCCCCAUCCUUUGCACCAGACCCACAUGCAUCCCUUGCACCACCCCCCAAUGCAUCCCUUGCACCAGUCCCAGUACCUCCAUCCCUUGCACCAAUCCCACUUGCACCAGCCCCACAUGCAUCACCUCCACUGCCCCUCAAUGCAUCCCUUGCACCAAUCCCAGCUGCAUCCCUUGCACCACCCCCAUCUGCAUCCCUUGCACCAGCCCCACAUGCAUCACUUCCACUGCCCCUCAGUGCAUCCUUUGCACCAAGUGCAUCCCUUGCACCAGGCCCAGUACCUCCAUCCCUUGCACCACCUCCCAUUGCAUCCCUUGCACCACUCCCAGCUGCAUCCCUUGCACCAGCCCCACGUGCAUCACUUCCACUGCCCCUCAAUGCAUCCCUUGCACCAACUCCAGCUGCACCCCUUGCACCAGACCCACAUGCAUCAUUUGCACCAGGCCCAGCUGCCCCAUCCCUUGCACCAGACCCAUGUGCAUCACUUCCACUGCCCCCCAAUGAGCAGCAGCAACAGCGGAAGCGGAAGUGGAAGCGGAAACGGAAGUGGAGGCGGAAGUGGAAGCGGAAGUUGAAGCGGAAGCGGAAGUGGAGGCGGAA